AUGCCUGCGAUCAUGCACUAUGGCCUCAGGUGGCUGAACGAGGAUCUUGCCCUCAAGCAACGGGUUCUGAACUUGGAACACGAUUUGAGCAAUGGAUAUUUGCUCGGAGAGAUCCUUCACAUCCACAACCACCAGCCCAAUUUCGCUCUAUUUCAGGAACUGGAGACAUCAGAAGCGAAAGUGAAUAACUUCAUCCUCCUCGAACCUACACUUCGCCUCCUGGGCGUUCCAUUCGACGCACAAGUGGCGUAUAACGUCAUGCAGGGAACUCCAGGAGCGAUUAGUGGUCUUCUCUACCAGAUGAAAAUGGUGCUGGACCGUUUGGCCAAGUUCUCCGUGCCCGUGUCCAUGCGGCCCACUACCAGCCCGGCGGGCGUGAAGCCCCUGCCGAACCUGUCGCAGAGAACCACAAAGCCUCAGUACGACCGGGCGACACACAGCAUUUUCGCAGCUGCCGUCCGCAACAUGGUACAGAGCCAGAAAGGAAUUAACCUUGAAAGGUCUUUGCUAGCGGAGGAGCUCCACACGGAGGCGAUUCGACUGCAAGGGAUCCAUGACUUGGCACAGAGAAAAGCUUUGUGCGACUCGUGGGAGGAGAACAACGUCGACGACUGGCUGAUCAACAUGGACCGCAAACGGAACCGUCUCCCUUGCUGUCUGUUUCCAGCUAGUGGCAAUCAGGAGGAGCACGAGGCCACGCCCUGGGCGUUUGCCGCGUCAACCCGGGGCUUCCUCGAAGCGAGAGCUUUGGAAAAAGGCUACGAAUGGCAAAUGGCCAAGUUCCACUCGAAGAGAUCUGAGGAGCGCAUCGGGGCGAGAGAGAAACGAAGGUGCGCAGCGAGCGGCAAGCGGACUGUUGGGACAAAAGGGCCGGCUAAGGUCACCGUCAAGAAUAUUACCGUAGACUCUAUCGGUGAGCCGGAUUUCAUCCGCAACCAAUUUCCCCAGGCGGAGGCGGGAGCGGACGCGCUCAAGCAGAAGCUGAUGAAGAGGUGCCACGCGGAGGAGCUUGUCGAACGGCAGCUCGAGUCGGUCUUCAGGUACAAGGCGAUCAUGACCGAAAACCGAGAGUAUCGCAAGCAACAGUACGCCGCGAGGGCAGACGUGGACGCGGAAGCCCUGCUCAAGGCAAGUCUGGAUUCCUUCCGCCGCGAAUACGAGUUGAGGGUGAGAGCGCACGCCGAGCGGUGUGAGGCCGCUGCAGUGACGACAGCGGCCGCAGGCGCGACGAGGAUCGAGAAAAUGUGCCGAGAGACUCUCGAGGGCCUGUUUGCGCUAUCGAUGGAAGUGGUGAGGUACAGGGCGUACAACGAGCACCGGCGAGAGCCAGGCGCAUUGUCACCAGACCAGGACCCCAUGCCUAGUCUUCAUUGGAAAGACAUGAAAUGCAGCUUCAUCAGGGGUGGUCCCCUGCUGCACAUGGGUACGACCGUCACGGAGCCUGCGAAAGAGUGGGGGUCCACCUCCUUGCUACCCCUCGCAGAGGGAAGAAUCGAUGAGUUUUGCGCGCCAGGUCAAGACGACGAGACGAAAGAAACGGUGGCAUAUUUUCUGGAUGGCUGUGAAUUUGAAGACUACAUCAACGAGACCGGUUGGUGGGGCAAACAUGGCCCAAGUUCCGGACCCAAAGAUUCCGCUCAGGCGGCAAGCGUCGCCGAUAUCACCCAAGCUAAUCUUGGAUCAAGCAAGUCCUUCAUGGAAGACGGCGAUGAUGCCAAAACCGUCGAUCCCACGGGCUCGCUAGAGCCUUCCGCGCCUUCAUCGAUUGCCAGCGGCGAGGAAAACGUCCUCAACACAGCGAACCCGCUCCACGGACUUGGAGAGUGCGUGAUCGAAACGGCACUGGCUGCCAACCCGCUGCCGCCGCCUCGACCCCCUCCCGAUGUCCCUACGUUUAGCUUGCGCAUAUGUAUGUGUGGGAGAACCCUGACUGGGAAGAGCGAACAGGCCAUUCGAUUGGCUGACAGGUACUGCCUUAAGGUGAGCCUAUUGCAAGAGACGGACGGCGGCGGGUGGUCGAAAGGGGAAAAACAUUCAACCACCAACCAGUUCGUCGAAGAGGAUAACGCAGCAAACGCGAUGGCAGCCGGGCGCAAGACUCUUUCGAGGGAGGAAGCAUUGGGGCAAGAAGCCAGCUCGGCGUUAUUGCAGGGGGGCACGAUUUCGGACAAGGUGUAUGCGGCACUGCUUGUGGAGGCCAUCAGGGAGAUCGAGGAGGAAAAUCAAGCCAUGCAGGCCCAGGCAAGCGAGUCAACCGAGGUCGAAGGAGUCAUGCUAUCGAGCGGUGAUCGAGCAGAGUACAUGGGCUGGAUAAUUGACGAUUUUCCAGGCACGGCCGAACAGGCGGCCGUGCUCGAGAAGUACCUUUCCGGCUACGACGAAAGCGCUCACGUACCGUCAAGGCAAGACGCUGCUUCCAAGCUUGCGCCAGCUUCCCCUUCGUUGGAAGCUACGGAGGACAAGGGCACUCCCAUGUCCGGUAUCGACUUGGCGAUCUACGUCGACGCUCCACGGGACGUAAUCCUCAAGCGAAGCCUAGGCAGGCUGUUCGACCCGGUGACUGCCGAACCUUAUCACUUCGAGGGUGCUCUACCGCAGUACGACGUCGUCUGCAAAGAGAGGCUGGUGCACCCCGAGGACCCGGCUAACGCGUCAGCUGAGCUAUCUCUUCAAGUUGCAACACAGGAACAAACCUCCGAGGAGCUGAAGGCCUUCCUGGAGAAGUUUGGCACUCUCAGGAUAGUGGACAGCGGAGAAAGCACCCCCGACGCCCUGUUCGGAAAGUUGAACGCCGUGGUCGUGGCGAUGGUGCAGGAAGCUGGGGAACGCGAUACCAAGAGUGAAGGCGGUGAUCUGACAGGCGACUGUGCCGCUCUGCACCAUGGCGACGAGGGUGAGGAUGCCGGGGACAAGAGACACGACGACCACGACGGUCCCGACGGGGCCUACGCGAGGGAACCAUCCAUCAUGGAUGGCGUGGUCGACGGCGGGGGGGCUUCCGCGGAGCAACAGCCGAAGGAAGUCGCAAGCACCGACGAGGGUUCGAGCGCGCUUGGGAAUGGCGUUUCGAGCAGCACGUUUACGAGCACUGCCGAAUCCGCUCGUAGCGCUCAGGAACAGGGCAAGGAGGGUGGGCUUCUGACAGGUGGCUUAGCCGUGGCGCUAUGGGGGCACUGGCGGACAGCCGAGCUGCACUUCGAGGACACGGCGCGACGAGUGUUCCGCGAGCUUCGAAACCAGCGCUUGUCAAUCAACGGUCACGUACGGUCCCUUCGGGACACGUUCUCGGCGUUCCUCCGGCGACCUGACGACAAGCAGAGUCACCUAGCCGAGUUCUGCAGCUCCUUCAACGCCCUCGAUCAGGACCUGAGAUUCGACGAACGAGCGCGCAAGGAGCUCUUGCUAAGGACAGAAGAAUGCCGAUCUAAGCUUUGGUUUGACGUCGAGGAACGGAAAGAGUACGCGGCAAAGGCCCUGGGCACCAUCCAAGGAGAUGGGUGGGUGGAGCGGCAGCAGGGGACGGUGUCGAACAACAUGAUCUUGCUCAUGCAAGCUGAGGUUGAGCGCUUCCACGCAGGCGUCUUGCUACUGCAUGACUACUACCAAAUCAAAGUGCAGGAGGUCACAAACGACAAUUCGGUGGUCUUGGUUGCGGUCGAGGCGGAGAAGACCGGCGGUGCUGCUGCACAAGGAAAGGGGAAGGCGGAAAAGGGCAAAAAGCCAGCAAGUAAAUCCGCCCGCAAGCCGGAUGUGGAGGUGGAGGAGGCAAAGGCACCCCUCGAGGCCGCCCUGUCAGUGGUUAUGGCCUACGCUGAUGCCUGGGGAUCGGAUGGCUUUCCCGUUCCUGCCGAGGAUGAGAUCGCAUCUCAGGCUAGUGACGGUGCUGCUGGUGCUGCCGCGAGUUCGGUGCAAGGGGCACCGCUACCCAAACCGUUGUUGCUCCACCGAGCAGUGUGGGCGCAGGCUGGGGUUCUGACCACAAGAUGUCAGCUGCUUUCGAGGGCGGGACAAACCCUUCUAGCGGAAAUCCGGAAGAGGGCUGACCUGGUGUAUGGGGAGUUGCAACGCUGCCUGGAUGAACGUGUGUCUGAGGAGCAACAAGCUGUGGAGGCCGCAAUGACAAUGGCGGAAGAGUGCAUUGACGAGCAGUCCGCCAUCGAGCACGAAUGGAAAAUACAGGGAAAAUCGUUUAGUGUGGAUGAGAACUUCCGGUUGGUGCCAGUUCCAACCACGAAUGUUUCGCGCCCCGAUGUCUCUGAGACCUUGGGGGUGUUUACCAAACUACAAGCGCUCCGUCUGCAGCAUGCUAUGGCUUCCAUCCAGCACGUGGGCACAGAAGGCCUUGACGAUGCCAUGGUCAUGCCUGAAGACGUGGUGGAAGUCUUGCUAAGACUGUCGGAGGAAGGGGCGCUGCCGGAUUGCUGGGCCUGCGCGUCCAAGGCAGACUUGGUUCAGGUGGCAACAAGGUUUCUUGACCCAGAACAAACCGGGCAGGUGCAGGUGGAAAAGGUCGUUUCGAGUAUCACGUCCAAGACCCCCGAGGAGCUCAUUCUCCUUGCUCAGAAUAACGGGGUGUGGAUAUAGGUAGUGGAGUCUACCGCAGUACGGUAUGUUAAUAUAUCUUUAGUGCUCAGUCUGGUUCGCUUUGUUGCAGCUGAACUCGUAUAUAC